AUGAAGGAAGGGCAUAGAUGUCGUAUUGCAACUCAUGAUGAGUUUAAAGAUUGGAUAGAAGAACAUGGAAUAGAAUUUCGAACAGUAGGGGGUGAUCCAGGAGAACUAAUGUUUAAGGAUUGGAUUGAUGAAUUACUUCAUUUAACGUGGAAGGCAGUACAAGGAACAGAUAUUAUUAUCGAAAGUCCAAGCGCAAUGGUAGGUGUGCAUAUGGCAGAAGCACUUGGUGUACCUUAUUUUAGAUCUUUCCCUAUGCCAAUGACACGAACACGUUCUUUUCCACAUCCUUUCGCGACACCGAAUAGUCCUAAAGGAAGGCUUUAUAAUGAUAUGACAUAUGUUUUAUUUGAUUAUGCUAUUUGGAGAGCUAUUGCAAAUCGUACUAAUUCAUUUCGACAAUCCAUCCUUGGCUUACCUUCUACAAGCUAUGAGAAACUUGAAAUAUGGAAGAUACCCUAUCUCUAUUCAUUUAGUCCAAGUAUUGUUCCUAGCCCGUUGGAUUGGUUAGACUGGAUUCACUGCACAGGUUAUUGGUUUUUAGAUAACCCACAAACAGGAUGGACACCAGAUCCUGAACUCAAGUCCUUUAUUAAUGCACAAGAUAGUCGUCCGAUAGUUUAUAUUGGAUUUGGCUCUAUUAUCGUCUCUGAUCCUGAAGAAAUCACACGGAUCAUUAUUGAAUCUGUCUUGCUAUCUAAUGUCAGAGCUAUUGUAUCACGUGGAUGGUCAUCGAGGUUGAAACAAGGUACAAGCUAUAAUGAGGAAAAGAUGCUUAAGAAAUAUCCAGGUACCAUCUUGAGUGUCCAUUCCGUACCUCAUGACUGGCUAUUUCCUAAAAUAAGAGCUGUCGUUCAUCAUGGUGGUGCAGGAACGACAGCAGCAGGCUUAAGGGCAGGUAGACCAACAAUUAUCAAACCCUUUUUCGCCGAUCAAUUUUUCUGGGGAGAACGAGUGGAAGAAAUGGGAUUAGGAAGAUGCAUCAAGAAUCUGACUGUAGAAAACCUCUCUGCAGCUCUUAGAGUUAUUUCUACAGAUGAAAAUAUGCUUAAAAUGGCCAAUCAAGUAGGCCAGAAAAUCCGAGAAGAAACAGGUGUAGAAACAGCUAUACAAUGUAUUUAUAGAGAUAUGGAGUUAGCAAAGGCAAGGACAUUAUCUUCAAUUAAAAAGACAGCAAGAGUAAAUGUUGAUACUUUACCUUUUGGAGAAGAAGACCAAGACUGGACUAUGGUUGAAGACACUGCUUCUGGUUCCAUAUCUCCUAGUUCAUGGAAACCCACUGACCCUUGAUACCUAAUAUCAACAAUUAUAACAAUGAAGAAAGACAGAAAAUAUGUAUACAUAUAUACAUAUAUAUACAUAUACAUAUACAUAUAAAGAUUUAUUCUACUACACUAUAAAUAUUUACAAAAAGAAUAAAUGAUUCAUUUUUUUUUCUAGUUUGCGUGCAUCCUUAAACUGGCCUCUGUAGUGAUAGCUUCGAUGACAUCCAAUUUGAGUAAAUCUUUAAUAGUAUAUUCUAAUGAAGCUUCAUAUGUAUAUACAAUAAUUGUAUCAUUAAUAUGCAUAUACUGUUUAGCUAAUGCAGAAAUACAGUUUGAAACUCGAGCAAUUUCUUGUCUUUCUUCUGCAGUAAUGGGCUAUGAGACAGUAUUAAUAAGUUGAACACUUUUAUUAACAAGAUUAAAACAC